AUGCACCCUAGUUUGACUGAAUGCCGUGUUUUGAAGUCAAAAUUGGAGCUUUCUGUGAUCCAAUAUGCCAAUGGUAUAAGUUCUGAAGCUCACACUGAGAUUUCCAUGUGGCUGUUUUUUUUUUAUCAUGGAAUAGAGAUAUAUGUUUACCCUUCCACUUUGCCAUUUGCCAUUGGUGUGGAAAAUCAUCAUCAUCAUAGACGUGGUGUAAGGAAAUCGGCUUCUAGGGAGGGUAGUAGUAGUAGUAAUGACAACAAUUUACUAUAUUGCCCUGAUGCUAUUGACUUAGAAGACAAAGAUUUUGAACAUUUUCAAAUGCAUUGGAGAAGAGGCGAACCAGUUGUGGUUAAAAAUGUCCUAAAAAAGACAUGUGGACUUAGCUGGGAACCAAUGGUGAUGAUGCGAGCUUUUAGGAAUGCUAAAAAAAGGUUAAAUGAGGAAAAUCAAUGUGUCAAAGCUAUCGACUAUUUGGACUGGAAUGAGGAACCUAAACCUAAGAAACAGUCCACUCCUACAGCUAAAAUUGGAUCGAAUAAAAACCCUGUUAGUAAACCUGAGGCGCCAAAAAAGCCAGCUGCUGUUGCCAAGAAUGGUGCUGCUGCAGCCACCAAGAAAGCCAAGCGAAGUGAUGCGUCUGAUUUAGAAGACAGUUCAGAUGACGUAAGAGAGCUUUUUGGUUUUGUGUAA